AAGGCCCCUGGGAAUUGGGGGCUUAAAAGGGCAUUGUUUGCACUCUGAGUCACAGUAUAUUCACAUCUGUUUGUAUCACGGGGCAAAGUUCCCACUGAGUUUGGUAAUAUUUAACAGGACAGUUUUGGGUGAUACAACUGAGCGCUUAACAUGAGGAAUAAGUAGGAGCAUCAAUGACAAUGUAUCCACUGUGUGGGACACUUGCUGCAAGACUGUUGAGACACUAGACUGAGAUCCAUUCAGCACUGAACAAUGGACUAACUGGACUGCCAGAUUGAACAUGGACAUCUUUGCUCUAUUAGUGCUUCUACUUUCAUGCAGGAUUUACGCAGUUGGAGCUCAGAUAAAGUUGUCACCUGAAACCCUGACAGUCCUGCGAGGGGACGAGGCCCGCUUCACCUGCAGCACCGCUAACACCCAGUGGGCAGCUAUGGUGUGGCUGCUGAACGGUACAGUGGCGCUCACCAUCUCCAGAUUGCAUGGCGUCCUUCGUUCUUCUAACCUUAACGUGACAGCAGAGGAAGGGCCUACCUCAAAGGGGGACAGCUGGGUGUUUGUCCUCAGGAACACAGAGAGGCUCCAUCAGGGACAAGUGACCUGUGACAUCCAGGACAUUGAUAGGAAAACAGCAAACCUGUUUGUACAAGAAAAGGGCAGCGUGAAAGUCUUUGGAGACAACAAGUUGGCUUUUAGAGGGCAGUCGGUCCUGUUUGAAUGCCAAGCAGCAGGAUGGUACCCUCAACCCACUUUGCAAUGGAGGGUGGAUGACAAAAAGGUGAGCCAGGGCGAAUACAACAUCAGUAGUGAAGAGUCUGAGAAGAGCCUCUUCACUGUGACCAGCAACCUCAGUGUGAUGGCAGCGAAGAGCUCUCAUGUGAAUUGUCUGGCCUCUGUGUCUGCCCUCCCCACACCACUGAUGAGCAGCAUCCAUCUGACAGUGGUUGCGGAGGUGGUGGAGGAAGGAGAUGACUGCACAAUCCCGCUGGCAGUAACAGCCUCCCUCUCUGCUCUUCUUCUGCUCCUCCUGCUCUGCAUCUGCGCUGUCCUCUGUUACAGACAAAGGAGACAAGCAAAACCAAGCCCACAGGAGACAAUAAGGUUCGACCAAUCAGUGAUCGGGCGAAGCUCGGUUGCUGAGGCGACAGGGGGGACUGUCAACCUGGGAUAUUCUAGUGAAGGCCCAACAGAUGCAGAUUACAAUGAGCUAAUCAUGGAAACUCGUAGCCAAAUGGACUUUGUCACCUUUAACAAGGUCCCUGAUCUUGUGUCGUCCAGAAGCCAGUCUCUACACAGUGACAGCCAAGCCCAGGUGUCCCUGGCAGAGGAAAAUGCCAAGAAUAUCAGGAGAAUUACCACAGUUUGAAUAUAUAAUAAUACAUUUAUCUGAUAAAACAAACAGCUUGUUAACAAAACUGUAUACCAUUGGGAUGUGCAGUGUUUACAAAUGGGACAUCCACCAGUGUUUGUAUGGUAUAAUGUCACACAUAUUGGUUAAGCUACAAGCUAAUGCCAUGUGAUUUUGAGCUGAAUAUGUACAGCACAAUUAUUUUGCAAAAAUCAUCACUAUUAUUAUUAUAACUCUAAAGUAAUUUUAUGUGAUACCUUGAAUCCUUUAAAAAUGUAAAUUGCUUUAGAGUAUGUGACAAAAACACAUU